AUGCUUCAAUGGGAGUGGCCAAAGACCUGGUCUGCAGAAAGUAAGGAAGUAAUACGGGAAACUAUAGAAAAAGCCAUUGGAAAUGCGAUGGCUGGAGGAAAAAAUGCACAAAUUCGAGGAGUAGUUAGUGUUGACGAAUUAAAUAUGGGUUGUAUUCCACCAGAGAUAGCGCUUAGCAGUAUUCGCGUACUCUCGGCGGAGCACACGGCCAUUAUGGUAAAGGUGCGAUAUAAUGGAGACUUUUCUGUACGAUUACGUGGAUUGGAAAUUAACUUAGAUACUGUAGGGGCGAGUGCAGAGGAGGCGGAUGCUAAUUUUGCUCUUCCUUUUUUUUGUCCUUUUGAGAUGACACUUCAGGAUAUUCGUCUUGAUGGAAUGAUAUCGAUUGAAGUAUUUCAUGAGAUGGAGGAAAACCCGCAGUGGGAGCAGGGAUCUAAUGUAGCUGUUCACAAUACCGUGACCCCGCGAAGUAGUAAAAGUUCCGCACUGCGCCCCUCGCGGCCGCUGCGAUCGUUGAGUUCACGUGGCCGGUUUGGUUACGGUGUGUUGUUGGGCGGUGGGGGUCGCCGGGCGAUGCGGCCGCCGGGUGUGCUGGACAACAUUGAGGGAUCCCUCUCCACGGUGGAUAGCGAUAGUUAUGUGCGGGGAACCUCACGCUCCUCUCCACCAGCACGGGGGAGCACGCCAUCUUUUGCGGAUAUUUUACUGAAGAAAGUUGUGGUGAGGCGUCGAAUGGUGAAGGUGCAACUUUUUGGGGAUCCACUUAAGCAUUUUAGUGUUAUUUCAAACUUUAGCUCUGUGCCUGGUGCGAACAGCAAGGUGGAGGGUAUGAUACGCAUGCUGAUUAAACCUGCUAUUGAAGGACUUAUGGAGGAGGGAGUCGUUUUUGCGAUAUAG